AUGGCAUCAACUCCAGGCGUUCUAGCUCUUCUCACCACACUGAUUUUGCUGCCCACAGGAUCACACUCUCAGCUGGAUGUGUGUGGGCAAGCGCCCCUGAACACCCGCAUAGUGAACGGAGACAAUGCUACGGCAGGCUUCUGGCCAUGGCAGGCCAGCAUACAUGUCAUUGGCUUUGGCCACAGCUGCGGAGGAUCCCUCAUCAACAGCCAAUGGGUGCUGACCGCCGCCCACUGCUUCUCCAGCACCAACACCUCGCUUCACAUGGUCUACCUGGGUCGGCAGACUCAACUUGACAACAACCCCAACGAGGUUAACAGAACCAUUGCUGAGAUCAUCCCGCACCCCGACUAUACCGCAGACAACGUAGACAACGACAUCUGUCUCCUCCGCCUCUCAUCCCCGGUCACCUUCACCAACUACAUCCGGCCCGUCUGCCUGGCUGCGUCUGGCAGCAACUACAGCGCCGGUACCAACGUCUGGAAUACGGGCUGGGGCGACAUCAGGACAGGAGAGGCGCUGCCCCCUUCGUAUGAUUUGCAGGAGCUGGAGGUUCCAAUAGUAAGCGAUAGCGUGUGCAGUUUUAUCUACAGUCUCCUCGACAUCACAAUCACAGAUAACAUGAUCUGCUCCGGACUAACAGGCAGCGGCGUCUGCUCGGGUGACUCUGGUGGUCCAUUUGUGAGUAAGAAUGGCUCCGUCUGGGUGCAAGGUGGAGUGGUGAGUUUCGGCACCACCUUCGGCUGUGCCGACAAGGACAUUCCCGAUGUGUUUGCGCGCGUGUCCCGGUACCAAAGCUGGAUCACGUCUCACAUCACCUCGGAUCAGCCUGGAUUUGUCAUGGUGUCCGCCGGCAGCAGCACCAACAGCGCAGCGAGCAUGCUUGUACUUCUCUCUCUUCUCCUCUCCUCACUCUGUCUCUCAUAAUACUGUGCACUUCAUCCUCUCCUCUUUCUCCCCUUCUCUUCACGGGUGUAGUUCAUUGUUUUUCAACACCGGGGUCGGGACACCAUGUGGGGUCGUCUGGAGUUCAAAUGGGGUCGCCAGAAAUAAAAAUGAAUACUGGCAAAUAUUACUAAUUGUAACAUAAUAACUGGUAAAUAUUUGGACUGAAAUGCCACAUACAUUCUAUAGGUUUAAAAGCAUACAAGUUAGCUAGUCAUUUUUUUUUGGUCGGUAAAAAAAUGUGUAUGGGGUCCCAAGGAACUUGGGGUGUCAUUAUGGGGUUUGAGGGCCCGAAUUAUUAUUGUACUGACAGCUAUUACGUUAUUGGCAUCGUUAUUACAUUAUCAAAGCUUUUUGUUAGUGUAAGGCCAAUAACACAGUAACCUGCCCAUAACGUAAUAACGUUAUGGGCAGAAUGUUAUUACGUCAUGGGUAGGGAAGUGUUAUUACGUCAUGGGCAAGUUAUUAUGUCAUGGGCUUUAUUACGUUUCAAAUGGGCCCAAAUUAUUACGUUAAUGGGCAGUUAUUACGUUUUGGGUUCUUGCAUUAUAUUUUUAAAUGCUUUGUUUGAAAUACAUGCUAGUAUGUAAUUAAAAUGAAUCCUAUUGUAUUUUUGUAAUACAUUACUAUUCCUAUUAUACGUUUUGCCCCCCCAAUGUCAAACCCCGCUUACGCUUCUCUCCCUCCUUAGUGUACACUCCUCCCUCUCUUCUCCUUUGCUCUCUCCUCCUCUAACACACCUACUCCUCUCCUCCCUCUCCUCUCUUCAGCCUCUACCGUAAACUUUUCUCCUCACCCUUCCUCUCAUAAUAAAACUUCUCCUCUCCCCCAUCUCCCCCAUCUCCUCUCUCUCCAACCUCUCUCCAACCUCUCUCUCUCUCUCUCUCUCUCUCUCUCUCUCUCUCUCUCUCUCUCUCCCCAACAUCUGUCCUCCCUCUAUUUUACAUUCCUCCCUGCCUUCUCCUCUCCUCACUCCUCCUCUCAUAAAACCCCUCAUCUUCGCCUCCUUCUCUUCUCUCCUCCCUCUUUUUUAAACUCCCAGAUCUCCUGACACUCUUCUCCCUUUCAUCCUCCUCUCUCGUCCGCUCAUAACACUAUACACGUCAUCUUCUCCUCCUUCUACCCUCCUGUCCUUCAUACCAAAGUGUCUACUUCUGUCAUUUUAUGUAACGGAACUGCACACCAUGCCUUUUACUCUGUUCACGUGACAUUUUACAGUUUGACGCUUACAUUUUAAAAGGCCUUUAUUUUUCUUAUCAUUCAACACAGCUCUGUUAUAUUUACCAUUUUGCUCCCCAUGUUGUGUUAGAUUAUAUUUCCCUUAAAGCACCUUAGCGACGCAGUGAUGUGUAUAUCAAAUAGGAAGCAUGCUAUAGAAAGGAAAUAAAAUGCCACUUGACUUGA